AUGGUAUAUUUUAUUGCUCUGUUAAUAUUUUCGCUUAUUUUUUGUUUCCCCAAAAUAGAAUGCAAAACUAGAUAUAGUGUGUAUACAUAUAUAAAUUCUACAUUAAACAUAAAACAUGAAAAUAGAAAAAAAAUAAAAUUAAAAAAUAAUGAAAUAAACCAAAAUGUAUUAUACCCAAAUUUGAACUCUGGAAAUUGUGAUAAUAACAAAGGAUAUGAAAUAAAAAGUUUCAAACAAGAAGAUAUAAAAAUUAAUAAAAAAUUAAAUAUAAAUAUUUUUAAAAAUAAAGAAAAUCAUUCAAAUAUAUAUAAUGAAGGAAUGUGUAUAUAUAGUAUAUUAAAAGAUAUUGAAAUUAAAGAUGUCAAAAAGAUUCCAUAUUAUAAUUCAGAUCUAACAAAUAUAAAAAUUGAAAAUAAUACAAAUAAUCUAAUUAAUGUAACUGAAAAAAAUGAUCAAAAUGAUGAAUAUUUAAAAAAUUCACUAAUAUAUAGUGAUAAAAAUUAUGAUAUACCAAAUGCUUUAAAUUAUUAUCCUGAUGAUAUGUUCAUUUUUAAUUUUGAUGGUGUUAUAAAUAUGAGCAAACAAGAAAAAAUUGUUAUUGCAUUUAUUACAUUUAUUAAAUUUUUUAAAUGCAAAUUUUUAUUUAAUAAUAAACAAAUUCUAAAUCUUCCUUUAUAUAAAUUUAUGACAAUUUAUAAGCCAUACCUUUUUAAUGAUUCUGUCGAAAGGAAUCAGACAAAUCGGGGCGAAAAUGAAGAAGAUGAAAAAGAAAACGAAAACGAAGAAGAUGACGAAAACGAAGAUGACGAAAACGAAGAUGACGAAUUUAUAUUGCUAAAGCUGAUUCCCAAAUUCGUUUAUACACGUUUAUUAUACAUUUUUAAAUAUAUAAAAAGAAAUGAAGAUCUAGUGAUUGCUAUUAAAUAUAUAUACGACAAUAUAAAUGAUAUAUGUAUAAAAUAUAAUUACGAUAUUAAUAAGCUUAUUCAUAUUAGUAAAUUAUUAAAUAAAACUGAUAAUAAAAUUCAAAAUUAUAUUAAAAAUAAAUCUAAUUGUAUAAAUGAACAAACUAAAGAACAUACAAAAUCGAAUAAAGAAAAAGAUGAUAAUUUUUCAGCAUAUCAAAUUGUUAAGGAACUUACAAAAAACACAUUUAACCCUAAUAAAAUUAUAAAAUAUAAAAGAAUAGAAAAUCUAAAUAAUAUUUUCCCAAGUUUUAGAAUUGAAUUUGAACAAUUUUAUAUAAAUAAUAAAUAUUUAGAAUUAUAUAAAAAAUAUAAUAUAAAAUAUGAACAAAUUUCUAAUGAGAUUAAUAAAAUACGAAAUUUAUUAAUUAGAAAUGAAAAUAAAGCAUAUAAUAAUUUACUAAAAUAUAGAUACCCAAUUAAUAAUUUAAAUGAACAAGAUAAAAUAUAUCAUCAAACUUGGAAUCAAACUGCUAUAGACAUAAUAAAUAACAAUAUCAAUGUGUAUAACAAGCCUAUAUAUAUUAUCUCUACUAUCGAAAAUGCGAAUUUUAUAAAAUAUACACUAAAACAAUUUGGAGUUAACAUAAAAGAUGAACGCAAUAAUGACUUGUUACGCAUAUAUGGAAAGGGGGAAAAGAACGAAGCAGACGAAAAGAACGAAGCAGACGAUAGGGACGGCAGCUUAGCGAUGCUGACGAAAUUGGGGAAGCUUGUUAAACAGGCAUAUACACGAAAUGAGAAUAAAGAAGAAAUUAUUGACUAUAUAUAUGACCCUUAUAAUAUAGAUAUUAAAUAUUAUAAAUAUUAUCAAAAAACUGGAAAAAAAGAUUAUUAUUUAAAUAAAAAUUCAAACUAUAAUAAUAUUCUCAAAAAUAAUUGUGAUUUGGUAUAUAAAAUAAUAAAAAAAUAUCACAAUGAUAAUAUGAUACACAUAAUUAGUGAUAAAUAUGAAGAUUUAAACGCAUUAAAUAAUGAUAAUAGAUUCAAUAAAAAAGUGAAAUUAUAUUUUUGUGAAUGGGGAUAUAAUACUUAUAACGAUAAACUAAAAUCAAUUUUUAAUGACAAAAUAAAAACAUUUUCGGAAACAUUUAAACUCAUCUUUUUAUGUUGCACUUAUCAAAAUUCACCACGAAGAAAACAUACACAUGGAAAGGGAAUCCCCCUUGAUUUUUAUUCAAAAUUUAUGCACAAAUAUUGCUUGAAAAAUAAUCUAAUAACAGAGCACCCUCUCGAAGAUUUGUAG